ACAUCGCACUGAACCGGGGCAGAGCGGAGGCCCAGCCGGGUCUGAGUCCGAGCCAAUAACUAACUACUGCUCCACCCAGCCGCCGCUUUAACCCCGGCAUGCCCUCCCUCACAGCCCGAACACACUGUUAACCUGCAGAGCGCUUUCUGAGGACGACAGCAGCCCGCCUGUAGCGCUCACGAACCCGGACUCGGAGAGACUCUGCCCUGGUUUGGUCCUUUAACCUGAAGCUAGCUACGCGACCAGAGCUAGACCAGCUAACUAGAGCUCCAGUCUACAGCCUGCUUUAAGCUAUUGUUGGUGUCUGUUCUGGGGUAAAUGUCCUCAUAGCUAACCUAAUGCUAGGAACAUUUGCUGAAUUCUGUGUUUUGCAGCCAUUGCCUAAAACACUGAAUCAUCAUUUGAGGUAGUUAUUUAGCUAGUGCUAGCUAACAUUUAAGGUAGAACCACGUAGCUAGUUAACGCUGGCUAGCUUCCUCCCUAAACAGAAUAGCUAACCUAGUUAGUAAGCUAGUUAGCUAGGUUAUAACCUAUUUAUUAUGGUCUAAAAUAGCCUAAUGACUGGCAGAUGAUCUAGGCUAGGAACGUACACUAGCUGCUCUAUAAACCCUGUGAAAAGCAGCCUUCUUCCCCCUCACUGAUGAAUCCAUUUUCUGUGGGCUAAAGUCUUUGCCUUUGUCUCUCAUCUGACACCCUCUCUACUGGAAUAAAACAGUAAAAAGCAGGCUAUUAUUCCAAAAAGAAAAAAAAGAAGGAAUAUCUCCAGCAAACAGCCAGGAAGGAGUGGCGGCAUUGCUGGCUAAAGGCUCUCUGUUUCCACCCAAGAACGUCGGGUUUCCAUGGAGACAGUGUCGGCUCUCGGCCUGAAACGCAGAUUCGAGGAAGUGGACAGCGGCUCGCCGUGCUCCACACCCAAAGACUCAGACGAUGACAUCUCCAGCAGCGACAGUGCAGAUAGCUGCGACAGCCUUAACGCUCCCUCCACCUCCCUCACACCAACCUCUAUUCUUAGACGACACAAAACCUCUCUGGGCCGUAAGCGGGUGCGAUUCGACGCUGUGACUGUCUAUUACUUCUCCAGAAGGCAAGGCUUCACCAGCGUGCCAAGCCAGGGUGGCAGCUCACUGGGCAUGGCACGCCAUCACUGUGCCAUACGCCACUACACCCUUGGGGAGUUUGCCCGAGAGCAGGAGAGCAGCCACCGGAUUAUUCUGCGCCAGCACCUGCGCCAGGAGAAGCUGAACGCUCGCAAACUGAAGCUGACCCGAAACGGGACUGUGGAGUGCGCUCAGGCCGACCUGCUGACCCUGGAUGACGUGUCCGAUGAUGACCUGGAUGUAGAAGGUGUUGAAGUGGACGACUGCUUCUUCCUGCAGCCUCUGCCCACCAAGCGGCGGCGGGCGCUGCUGCGAGCCUCUGGCAUUGCUCGCAUCGAUGCCCGCGAGAAGACUGAGCUGAGGGCCAUCCGGCUCUCGCGAGAAGAGUGCGGCUGCGACUGCCGCUUCUACUGUGACCCGCACCAGUGUGGCUGCAGCCAGGCGGGCAUCAAGUGCCAGGUCAGAGGCAGCUGUGGUGUGGACCGGAUGUCCUUCCCGUGCGGCUGCUCCCGUGACGGCUGCCGCAACACGGCCGGUCGGAUUGAGUUCAACCCUCUGCGUGUCCGCACCCACUAUUUGCACACCAUCAUGAAGCUGGACUUGGAGAAGAGGAGGAUCCUGGGCUCCAGGCCUGGUGAGGAAGACUCUGGUGGAGAGGGAGUGGAGCUGGCCUCCUCCUCCUCUCCACCACCCCUCUCCCUCUCUCCUCUGGACUCUGAGGUGGAGGUGGAGGCGCUGGAGGUGCAGAGUGAGCGGGAGCUGCUGGAGGAGCAGUGCAGCAGUCUGGAGAGGGAGAACGAGACGGCCGUGCUGCAUCUCCAGAGCGCCGAGGAGCUGGAGAGGAGGAGGAGGGAGCAGGAGGAGGAAGCACAGGGAGAGGAGGUACAGGACACUAACCCUAGCCUCUGUCUUCUGCACGGGCAGAUAAACAACGAGGCUGGGGUGGAGGGUAUGGAGAGUGUGGAGGAGAUGGAAGGUGUAGAAGGAAUGCUCCUCCACGGGGGGUUUCCUGGUGGAACUGCCUUGCUUUGCAUCACAGAGAACCAAGAAGAAGAAGACGAAGCUCCGCCCCAGCAGAACCUGCUCAAUGAGCAAGGCUCUCUGCUGUACUAUCAGCUCAGCCCUGUGGAAACAGCUGCCUUAGAGACGUUCCACGAGCAAAGGGAGGAGGAGCCUGGAGAAGGAAAAGGAGACGGAACUGAGAAACACCACAAAGCCCAGACCUGCAGGCAGGACCAGGCAGAAAACCCCGCUCUCAGCACCGAGCCUCCUUCUCCCGCCCCGUGUCCAGACAUUAGAGGUACCGAAGAGGUCCAGCCCGGCUCUAAAAAGCUUUCCGGCACCAGAGAAAGCCAGGAGGAGACUUGCCUUCCAGCGGAGGAGGAGAAAAUCCAGCUUCCUCCCGAAGUUUAGAGCCCAGCAACACUGCAGAAGUUUUGCACAAGCUUUACAUUAAAAGUUCCAGAGGGCCUACUCCGCACAGGGUAGAUCCGUUCACUAGAAAGUGUGAUGUUAACCAUUUAGAUUUUAAAAAGGAGACGUUACUGACAUCAGUUCGUAUCUGUUAUUGUGGCGAUAAGCAUGCACUGUAUUCGAAGUAGGUCUUUUUGUGGUCAAAUAAGUUAUUGAAAUGAAAACAAAUAAUAGAAUAAUAAUUUAUCUAAAAGAAAAAAAAAGGAAAAAGGAAAGCAAAGAACGGGGGGGGGGCCGAGACGAGGGUGAGUUCACUUUUUUUUUUUUUUUUUUUUUGAUACUGGUGGUAAAUGUGGCCUUUUUAUGUUGAAGAUAAGCAUUUUUUUUCAGGAUGGAACAGUGGAUCAUUGGAGGCUUCACAAAUGCCUUGGGUUUCUGGUGCAGAAGCCCACUGAUCCGUUUAUAAACGGGACUAUUAGCAAGCAGAGCAAGGUGCCCAGAUCUGUAAGGCUAUGUUCAAACACAAAAAGUGGCUCAAAUCCAAAAACAGUUUUUACAUCUAGGAGAAAGGAAAAUGGACAACAGUAGUGAGUGAGGGCUACAGUAGUAGAAAUAUGAGGUAAAAGACCUCAUAAAUAUUUAGCCUGACUGUCACCCCUUAACGAAAUUAAGCUGCUUUAACACUGCAGGGUCAAAUGAUUACUAAGGCUGUACUGUAUUGUUCCGUGUCUGUGCUGUCCGAUUAAACAUGUUGCUAAUGUUGCUAACAUUGCGUUAGCAAUGCUGUCGACUACACUCGUCCAAUCUCAUUAAUAAAAAAUUAAAAGAUAUAUAUAUUAACUGCAUAAACAAAUGAAUUGGAGCAGACGAAACCGAAACUUCACGUGAAGCGCAUGAACAUCACUCAGUUAAGGAGCAUGAUCUGUUCAGAUCCAUGUCAGAUAUACUGUAGGUCACAAUAAAGAAAUAAUGUGAAAAUAGCCUAAAAUAAACGUGCAAUUUAUAGAAAAUUUUCAGAUUUGGGCCACUUUUGUACGUUUUUAAACAUAGCCUUAAUCACUAGUGAAGGUGAUUUAUUUUUAGUUGAGUAUCAGACAGAGACUGAAAACUCAACAGUGACGUAAAAAAAAAAAAAAAGAAAACAGGACCUUUAUGACAGUAAUCCCUUACGCUCACAUUGACACAGCAAUCCUGGGAAUACUUGGGUUUCAUGUACUGUAGUGUUUGCUGAGAGCAAGCAGACGGUGGGGAGAGGGAGGUGCUCGUUUUAUGCACGUUGAAAACUUGACUAGGUUUAUUUUUAUUAUUUUUUUAAAGGCGAACUGAACAGGUGAGGAGGUUGAAUGGUGGAUGUGCAGUUAGUUUGCACAGGGAUCAUACAUUCUCGUCAGAUAACCUGAGAAAAAGUUGAUGUUGAUGCCACUCAUCACAGAUCUCAGCUCUAGAGCUGUGCUGUUUUAAGAAAUAUUAUUAUAUAAAAUUUCACUUUUAUAAUGAAGGUAAUCAUGGAUCACAAACACCAGAUCAUGCUUAAGAGUCUAAUUGAAGUUGGUUAUACUUCACAUCUGUAUUUAGAAAGUCAGUUUGAGCAUGUGUUUUGUGAAUUUGUUUAUAGAAUGCAUAGAAUAGUGAGUAUAAAAAUUAGGUUUCUAUUCAGAAAUGCAAAAUAAUGCAAAAAAAUUCUACAGUUUUACCAUUUCACUGAAUUAUACAGUGCCAAAGAAUGUCCACAAGUUUGAGGUAAAUACUAUUUGAUUGAUUAAAGCAGCGUUAUGUAGAAUUUAGGUCAAAAUCAUUCUAAUACGCCACCUACUCUAUAAAGAAUGGAAUUAAUAUUGUCUUAAUUGUUCUUACUCUGGACUCAGUACGCUUCUAACUGCACUAUGUAACUCUGGUGGGAAAGAAAUAUCAAUUUCAGAUCUGAAUAGCUGACAAAAGAUAAGAUUAAAAUCUCAAAAUACAUGCCAAAAAAUAUUCUACAUGGACGCCACCAGUUAUGAUCAUUACCAUCCACUGUGCUACUGUCUGCUGUGAGUGGUAAUAUUAGCCUUCUAAUAAAAGAAUUUUCUACCUAUCUGGCAACCAUUUUCCCACAAAAUUCAAAUCAUCUAUACUUACAAGAUAUAUUACCAUUAUUUUAUACAGGUGUGGGCAUAACCAAGCCAUCCUCUGAGGUAACACUUCAUGAUCAGUUUGGUAUUAGAUACUAGGGCUGCACAAUAUUAGAAAAAAUAUAUAUUGUAAUGUAAACCAGGGCACGGUUCACUUGCACUCGGAGACAGUACGCAUGCAGUGUGAGCGCGAUCUGUGGCCGAUCACAGAACAAUGUCUCCAGUGAUGCAACGUUUCUGUAAACAAACAUGGCGAUGUUGUGCCAAAUUCUGUGAUGGAGAUAACUGUGACUUUUGGCGCUGCUUUCUUAGUAAGUUGAGGACAGUACACUUUUCUCGACAGGGGGUGCUUUUUUAAUGGUGGGGGUGCUGAACGAGUAAUGCCGUAAGCAUGCUCGGGCACGGAUUGUUUAAACGCAGUGUAAGUGCAGGCCAGUGGGGAGGGGGGAGGUGCUUUAGGCAUGUUCCUUCUCCCAAAACUUUAGUUAUUUCAUAACAAUACUUGCAGAAUAUAGCAGUGCGUCCCUAAAUUUGUCUAAAUAUUAUCCAUCUGGUUGAUUGAAUAAGUCAUUGAAUAAGUCAUUUUUAUUAACACAAAUUAAUACAAAUAUUUUUUUCGCACUGAACAUUCGUUUUUGCCAUUGCACAGCAAUGUGGCUAUUGCUUAAGCGCAUAUUGUGAAGACUAUGCUGAAACAAUAUAUUGUGCAGCUCUAUUACAUAUCUGUGUUCCAUGAUGAUCAAUACUGUUUGAGGAAGUCUGUUUUAGAUCCUUGGGUUCAUCAGUCUUAUUAUCAAUAUUUGUGGAAGGUUUAUUCCAAACUGCAGGUGAUGGUAAUCAGAAUAUUAAGCAUUAAGAGAAUAAUUUUUCUAACUUCAAAUGGACAUUUUUACAAAACAAUGCUCAACCAGGGCUUUAAACUUUAGUUCUCAUGUAUUGUAUGUAAGAUCUGUAAUGGGUGGUGUUGAGCCCUUGUGAUUUGGUAUAGAAUUGCAGUUUAUUUUACUUUCUUAGUAUUUCUUUUUAAGUUUUUAGUUAAACAGAUUUGCCCAGUUUACUCUGUCCCACACCGGGCAGUGAGUAUUUAUUAACCGCAGCCGUGUGGUAAAGACAAGGACAUACGAUAAAUGAUUGCAAGUAGUCAUUUACAAUCAUAAAGCUGACUCUGGUGAAUGAUAUGAAAUUCCUCACGUUUUAUUUGCACGUCAGGCCUUCGCAGAUUAAUGAAGAAUUUAGUUUUUUGUAUGUUUACGUGUGUUUUUUUUUUUGUUACAUUUCAUAUUUCCAUAUGUUCACUACACUCAACCUCGGUGAGCACUGAUGCUGAUAAAUGCACAAUCACAGCUUUGGUUUGUGCGUGAACACGGUCACCUCAAAAACCAUCCUAACACUCUCUGUAGCACUGGACCACUGUCCUGACUGGUGUGGUUGUUUGGGACAGACUUGAUUUUGCUUCAGUUCCAUUAUGGGUUGAGUUUGUUGUGGUGCACUACUCCAUAGCUGGCCAUGUCUCUUAAGUGCUAAUAGCAGUUCAUAAAAAAAAAAAUGUUCUGUUUCUUCGGGGCAUGCAGUAUACUACAGUACAUGCCUGGUGUUUUUUUAAUACUUUAUACAUUGUGAAGUCAUAUUUUAUUUUCUGCAUUUGGCCCAAAUUGUGGAGCUUUUUUAUUUUAUUAAUAUUGGAUAAUAUUACAGCAGCUCUUUAGAGCAUUUGCUAUCCACAAUUUUUUUUUGUUUUGUUUUAAUUUUGUGUUAGCUGCAAAAUAUGGAAAAAAAAAAUACUCCGUUCAAACUAAACAAGGUGUUUUGUUUCGAAGUAGUAUAAAGAGUAAUGUGAUGUUAAAUUAUUACGUAAUACACAAAACAACAAGAAAAUGCUUAUUUUGUUCGUGUGCACUAGGGUUGCGACGGUAACUGGUUUCACAAGUUACCAUGAUAUUAAAAAAAAAAAAAAUUACAUUUUGCAGACAUUAUAUUUUUUAUCGUUUAUUACCAGUAUUGGUAAAAUAAAAGCAAGGCAGCAGAAUAAAAAAAAAAGGAAAGAGUGCUACAAAAAAAAAAUGGGAUUACUGUGGAGGCCCCCUUAAUGAACACAAAGUUCACAGACACUGUCACCAACUAUAAGCAUGUAAUCCAGUUUAGAAAAAACAGUUAGCAUUGCAGCUAACACCCUUUAAGCCUGCUUAGGCCAGCUUUUAGCAUUGCGGCUAAAGCACUCCAUCACUACCAGCUGCUGUGGCUAACCCACUAUUCUAGGCCAUAAUAUAUAUAUAUAUAUAUAUAUAUAUAUAAAAUCCAGCUCUAAAUAAAUAAGUUAAAUAAAUAAGUUAGAGGCUGGCUGUUAGCAUUGCUGCUAAAUGGCUCCAACACUGCCAAGGCCAUCUGCUGUGUCUGUUAGCAUCUGGUCUUUAGCCUGGCUGUUAGAAUUUGAUUUAAAAUAUAUUUUUGAAAUGGUAAUCUGACGUUUCAUGGUCACGUUGCACAGAUGGCUGCUGAGUGAACUGAUUUGCCUAUUUUGCCUGGCUGUUAGCAUCAUGGCUAACCUGCUGUUCUGUUCUAACCUGGCAUGGUAGCAUUCUUAACAAGGCUUCUCAACAAGUGUCAGUAAAUAAUCGCCUUGUGUCUAAAAAUUAAGUCUGUCUAGUUUAAAUCCUUAACAGCAAUCUAGUGAAGUACUAGUAUGUAUUCCAUCAUAUUUAUUAUUCUGAUUCUGUUCAUUAGUACCAAUAUGAUUAAUAUUAGCCUGGUAAUGCUUUAGGUUCAAUGUGAAAUAUCGUCAAUACUGUGAAAACACCGAUGCAACCCUAGCGUUCACACUAUACUACAGAGAAGGAGAGUGUGUGUGUCUGUGUGUGAAGAAGAUGAGCGUGAAAGUAUGUAAUGUGAAACUUUUUUUUUUCUUUUUUCUUUUUCUCUUAAAUGAAUGUGUGAUGAAUUAUAUACAUCUAUGUAAGAUCAGUUGUCAUAUUUCAAAAAGGUGCUGUUUGUGUUAGGUUUACAUAUUCAUGCUAACGGAACCUGGCGGUUUCCCGAUCACAGACACGGGAGCAGAAAGAACUACAGCUCUACAAGCUACACUGCUAAUUUCAGUUAGCGCCGCGAACGCUACCGCGCUAUCGUCUGCACAAGGACUGCUCCUACAGAUUACUUGGUGUAGCUGCUCUGCCUCAUUUAUCCCUACAUGGCUAAUAGUGACCCUUCAAAGCUAAUUAUCACACUCUGUUUAAAGAAGACGUCAGGAGAACCAGACCUUCAUCCUCCAGAACUGCGCUAAUUAGUGCGCUAAGCGAAGCCGUUACUUGUUACUGUAACUAGCCAAGCAUUACUUUUUAGGCAAGAGCUGCAAUAAGAACUUUUUUUUUUGUUUUUUUUUUGCAAAUGACUAAUCAAAAAAAAAAAGAAAAAAAAAAGUGGUUCGCUGUAUAUCGUCACCGUGUAUAUGAAAAAAAACAAUUAGUUUUUUUCAUUUUUGUUUUUGUUGGUGUUCGUUUUUGUAUACUGACUGGUCGAUGUGCCGACUCCUCGUGUGCACUUUUUGAUUUAGAUUUUUGUCUGGUUUCGUCUAGUGCUGAAGACGUCCAUGCCGCCAUCACAUCCCUCCUGUAGCAUGUAUCCUGUAGCAAGAAAGGAACACAAAAAAUGCUGACUUCUGUGGAGUUUAAAAGCUGACUUGGGUGUUCGUAAGAAUCUGCAUUUUAAAUUUUUGAGUUAAAAUUUCCUAACUUGAAAAAUUUGGGUAAAUCUGCAUUAACACUGAUCUGUCUCACAAACCCCACUGCAAUGUAUCCCAUCAUUUUCUCUGGGAAGCAUUCUUUUAGCCAUCUUUGGUUAGUAGAACGUUUUCUGAACGUUACAAAGAACACUCUUAAAACGUUUAAUCUGUCAAGUUUUCUGAAUGUCUUAGAAUGUUUUAUCUAACUUUUUAAAUAUUUUGGUACCUACGCUGCAACGUAACUUGUGUCAUUGUUUUAAUGCAAAGUUUUGGGAAUAUUUCUUUUAUCAUUCAUUAAUGUAAGUAUUCAUCAAGCUGGGAAUGUUAUGUAAGGAAAACUAAUAAUGUUGUGGUGAUUGUUACAGUUUCGGCCUGGCUAAACUUUUCAAAACAUUGCUAAAUGAAGUUGAGCCGAGAUGCAUUUAUCCAAUCAGAAGAGAGAAGUGUAAGUUUGCUAAUACAUCUCCUCAGUGCAAUGUCUGAAACAUGAAUCAUUCACUCCAUAUUUUAACGUUUCAGUAAAGCAAUGAGCAAAUGCUAAUUAUUGCAAUUAAAAUUUUCUGUAAGUUAGUUUUUAGAAUGAAUAUCUUAGGCUUAUCAGGGGUGGUCGUUCCAGCACAAUGGAACCAUUUAAACACAAUAUUUUGUCCCUUCUCCACUCCAAAAUACACAUUUAGAGCACAGAAAAAGCAUUGGCAAGUUUUAAAUAUAUAAACUACACCAUUAAAUAUAUUUCUUUUUUUUUUUUUAAGAAGUCAAGUGAUUUUAAAGCAAAAACACCAAAUGCAGAUUCAAACGCUUCAGCUUUUUAGCUCCAUAGACUUCGGGCCCACUUGCUACAGACCACACCGCUGUGCACUGGGGGUCAGUCUCUUAUAUAUGUGAGUGAGUGAAUGAUUAGUUUGUUAUUUUGUUUUAUUUUAUGUUGUUUGGGCCUUUAUUUGUUGUCUUAAUGUAAAAAUAUAAAGAUGCAUCACUGAAGCAGUGGUCUCAGACGGGGCUAAGCUAAUCACUAAGCCCGAAAAAAAGAAUGUUCAGCUGUAGAGAAAAAGAUUUGCAUUAAUUUUAUUCCUGUUUAUUUUUACUUGGUUGUUAGCAUUGUGACUAGCUAACUUUAUUGUACUCUAUCCCACACGGUAGCCACGACGUCUCCACAAUUAUUAGCAACUAAUCCAGAACAGAAAACAAGUAGCAUGUGACUAACACAAUAGCUCCAAGUGUGCUGAGGCCUGCAGUUAGCAUUGCGGCUAAACUGCUGCAAUCCUAACGAGACCAAUACAGCUAACAGACUGUUUAAAAAAGGGUCCAUGAAGGUUAGCCUGUAACGUUACAAAUAAAACAUUCCAGCAAUGUGCUAAAAACAUGAGACGUAAUGAUUUUUUUAUCACAGUGUUAUAAAAGCAUUUAAAGUAUUUUUUUUUUCCAAAAACAUUGACAUAAGUGACGUUUUGACAGAACGUUUAAUAAAAUAAAACUCUACAGACUGAACAUUCUAAAAAUGUUAGCUAACGUUGAGAAAACGUAGAUAUGCUAACUAAAACAGUUAGCUGUGAUUAUGGCUCCAGUUUGAGACCGCUGCUAAGACCACAAGAAACUCCAGCCCCCUGAUUUUUGUGUGUGUGUGUGUGUGUGUGUGUGUGUGUGUGUGUGUGUGUGUGUGAGCUUGCUAGUGGCAGUGCUUAUUAAAGAAGACUGAGUGAGGUUGGAGUUCACACCUGCGUGAGUGACUGUUAUGCUAACUGUUGCCUAAAGAGGAGACAAAACACAAAUUUUAUAUGAAAAAUGUAAGUGAAUAAUAAAGAUAAAAUAAAGCAGAAA